GGGGUGUGACAGGAGCACCGGGCGUGGCCGGCGUUGGAUGGAGCAGAGCGGGGCUGGGGUUCUUCAUUGCUCCGUGUAACUCGAGGCGGCCGCAGCGUUCCAGGCUGGUGUCUGCACCCGGGGAAAUCCGCGAGUUGCUCCGGAUUUGGAGCGGAGCUGGUCCCCAACGGGCUGCUGCCCUCUUGGCCCCGGGCUCCACCUUACUUGUCUCUCUACUAGGCUGAGCUGCCCAGGGGGAACGCAGGACGCGCCCUGUCUCUUGCAGUCCCUGCCCGCUCGCUUUCUGUCCACUGAUCCUCAGGAGCCAUGGCAAAGCUCUCAAGAGGGACUGUGAAGGACUUCCCUGGUUUUGAUGCCAGAACUGAUGCUGAGGCUCUCCGUAAGGCAAUGAAAGGAUUGGGUACCGAUGAAGAGGCUGUCCUGAAGAUCCUUACUAGCAGAAGCAAUGCUCAACGCCAACAAAUUGCAUCUGCUUUUAAAACCUUAUUUGGCAGGGAUCUUGUAGAUGACCUGAAAUCAGAACUGACUGGCAAAUUUGAAACCCUGAUGGUGGCUUUGAUGAGACCAGCACGACUUUUUGAUGCCCAUGAACUGAAGCAUGCCCUUAAGGGAGCAGGGACCAACGAGAAAGUGCUGACUGAAAUUCUUGCCUCCAGAACAACUGCAGAGCUGCGGAAUAUAAAACAAGUUUAUCUGGAAGAAUAUGAAUCCAACUUAGAAGAUCAUAUCACAGGAGACACAACAGGUUACUAUCAGAGGAUGCUAGUAGUCCUUGUUCAGGCUAAUAGAGACCCUGAUGGAAGAAUUGAUGAGGGUCUGGUUGAGCAAGAUGCUCAGGUCUUGUUUAAGGCUGGAGAGCUGAAAUGGGGAACUGAUGAAGAAAAGUUCAUCACCAUCUUGGGAACUCGAAGUAUCUGUCACCUAAGGAAGGUGUUUGACAGAUACAUGACUAUCUCUGGUUUUCAAAUUGAAGAAACCAUUGACCGUGAAACCUCUGGGGAUCUGGAGAAGCUGCUUCUGGCAAUUGUGAAAUGUGUCCGAAGCGUACCUGCUUAUUUUGCUGAAUCUCUCUUUUAUGCCAUGAAGGGAGCUGGCACUGAUGAUGAUACUUUGAUCAGAAUCAUGGUUUCGAGGAGUGAAAUUGAUCUGCUGGACAUUAGACGUGAAUUCAGAAAGAAUUUUGCGAAAUCGUUGCAUCAUAUGAUUCAGAAAGAUACAUCUGGGGACUUCAGGAAAGCACUCUUGCUCCUCUGCGGUGGAGAUGAUGAGUAACACUGUCAGUGAUAUGAAGGAUUCACUCCUCCUCCCCCCUUGCAGCCUCUCAGUUAGCAUGUCUAGCUAUAUUUUGCAUGUUAGCGCUUUAUAGCGGCUUACAGCCACACUAGUAUUCUAAUGGUUAAAAAGACCCAGUGAAAGUCUUGUUGUUGAAGUGAUAUGCAGUCUCUCUUCCUACCGGCAUCCAGGGAGAAGUCUGUCCAUCUCAGCCCCCAGGAGUUUAGGAAGUGUCUCUUAUGACUAUGUGAAUGUUCUCCUCUUCAUAGAAGAUGGAUUUUUGGCUUAAUGCACAAUUUUUUCUAGAUAUUUUGCUGAAGGAGAGAAAAUCCACACAUUCCAAGAAGAAUUGAAAUAAAAUUUUGUCUCUAACCUCUUUUUUUAACUUCAUUUAUAGUAACUCAUUUUAAUGGAAAUAUUAAGGUAGCUUUAAAAUUGUGAACUAAGGAAAAUUAUCCUUCAUGUGUAUUAAUAUAUAUUUGGUGCUAUUAGAAUGAAUCUGCUAAACAGCAAUGUGAGUUAUCAAUGGAAACAUAACAUACCAAUAAACUGUUCCUUCCCCAA